AUGCCCGCGCUGCACCCUCUGCACACGGCGGGAGCCUGGCACCAUGACCACCAGGACAAGCCGCUGCCUCGUCUGCCCGACCUGCCAGACCUGCCUUCAUCGCCCACCCUCACCAAUCCCGACUGUAUCCUCCCCGACACCCACCUGCCCGCCCUCUCCUCGCCCCCGGCCUUCACUCGCCGCCGCCCGCCAAGUCCCACCUACCUGCGCGACGACGGCGCCGAGCAUCCCACCGCGUCGUCCUCCGCGGCGGCAGCUGCCACCAUGGGCAAGAAGGAGAAGCUGGGCCUCAUGUCCAAGAAGAUGAUGCUGCUGAGGAGUCGGACCGCCAGCAGCGGCCACGGCCACAACCAUUCCAACCCCUUCUCCCGCAGCACCCCUUCGCGCGACUCGAACAGGAGCAACGACCCGGUCCCUUCCUCGCCCGUGUUGCAGGAACUCCAGGAUGUGGGGAACCUCGCUCCCGAACAGCAUGAUCCCGAGCCAAAGUCCUUGCAACCUUCAGACCCCGACGGGCGUAGAAACAGUGGUGAGAGCUCCUCGAGCGAUAUCUCGGGAAUGACGGCAUUCCUUGCGCGCUACGAGAAGCCGGAUGGGGCCAGCGACGAUGAGGCAUUAUCCGACAAUGGGGGCAGUCCGGUGCUGGCGCGGGGCGAGAGCAAUGGUGUUGUCGAAGCAGACAUGGACGCGGAGCGACUGAGGCUACAGCAAGAGGAGUACAACUCGGCUGUCCUCAGCAAACGGGCCGAGCAAAUCCUGGCAAACGCGAAGAAGAGGCUGAUGGUGAUGGAGGGCAAUCUGCGAGGUGCUCGCGACUUGGUCGCUCCACUCACCGCAGCCAACCUGAAGCGCGCGACCUCCCUGGGCUCGGCCACCAACUUCUCGCCAGCGUACGGUCUGCGGUACGCGCCCAAUGGCUACCACUCCGACCAUCCGAGCCAGUCCAAGAUGCUCCAUACUCAGUCCAGUUCACCAACCAUGCGUCACGACUACCAGGCUGGUCACUCGCGCGGUUUUAGUGAGAUCGAGCUUCCAGCGAGACCCUCCACCGCCUUGGACCGUCAUUUUGUCAUGCCGCGAAGCGUCCGUACGGGAGGAGGAAGAGGCCACGCCAUUGUUCCGACGUAUGGUGCACUUCGGGGGAGUCGAAGUUUCGAUUCUCUCGGCGCGAGCAGCGGCGUGGGAUAUGGUCUUGGCCGCGAGCGCCCCUUGCAUGCCAGAGCGUCUCCGGAUUCGAAUCAUCUGGAUCCCUUGCCGGAGGAUGAGGAGGGGAGAAGGUCCAAUCGUGCGAGUCGUGAGGCUGCAAACAAUGGCCUUGGCAUCUACAGGCCGUCUUCGAGGACAUCAGAUCUCCGCGAGCAGCUGAGCAAUCUCAAAGGAAAGAUCUCGACGCUCAAGGAGCGCGCGCGAGAAGACAGUCUGAGGAGGCAAAGCCACUCGAACUUGCGCAACCCUUCGCCGUUUAACAAUGCGCUUGCCGCUGCGCCGGACUUCUUCUACACUGCCUCGUCGGGUUAUGCAAGUCCAGUACUCGACACCAACUGUGGCAUCGGCUACGCUUCCAAUGGCGCCAGCCCGGUCUCUGCGCGGGUGUCCGACGAUGUCUGGCAAGAUGACACGCCUCCUCUGCCGGGCAGUCGAAAAGGCUCUGCCGCAAAAGCUACUGCUGGACCACAAUUCGGUAUCCAACAAGCUCGCGUUGUCGAGAUCAGGGCACCCAGAACUGCCGACAGCAAAUAUCAGGUUCGACCCCGUAGAAAUGUCACUCCUCAACCUUCUCCACCGACGACGACAGCACACGGACGGACGCCUAGUGGGACAGCGAUAGUAGGAUCGGCCAAGGAUCAAUCCUCGUAUCAUCAGCACAUGCACAGCCAGGACAGCAAGAUCAGCAGCGCGCUGAGUGAUCAUUCGCCUGAUGACGAGCCUACAGAGGACGAGAACGAUGGUCUGGGCGUGCGUUUUCCAGGGCUGACGAGUAACCAAUACGGCAGCUCUCCUAUCUCUUCGGAUGUGGAAACACGCUCAGAGCAAGAUUACGCGCCUUCUGAGGACGAGGUCAGCGUGUACGAAGAUGCUCAAAACGAACAGAACGCCGUGAUCGCACACGAAGACCGAGAGGACGCGUUCGACUACGAGCACUUCUUCCUGCACAGCGCUUUGGGUACCUAUGGCCAUAGUAGGGGAGGCUCUGAUGUCAGCGAGACAUCGACAUUAUCUGCGGCAACGGCAAGACUCCCAGCAGCUGGGAGCGAUGAAGAUGACGAGGUCUUCAACCCGAGCUCCGGCCUGUAUCCUCCGCCCACCCCGGAGACGCCCGAGAGACUGCGGGAGAUCGAGCGCAGUAUGCAUCGUAGGAAUCUCUCAGACGAGAGUAUCAGCACCCUGAAUACCUACGCCACUGCCGACGAGGUACACUCGCCCAUGACGCCAAUUGAAGAACCAAACCGCAGGCUUGGCGGUCGCGAGCGCGGAAUGGUGGUUCCUUUUCCAGAAGAUAUACCGCAAGCACACCCUGGCGGGCAGACUUGGUCACGACCUGCAUCUAGGGCUGGCUCGCGACUGAGCUCGCGACCUCGAACGGCCGCGAAACGCAACAUCCGCAGAGGCAGCAGCUCGGAUCGUGCUGACUCGGGAGUUGGCAUCAGCAGCAACGAUGGCGACCUAGGACGGCCGGCACAGCCUCAUGGAUCGAUGACGCCGAAGCCUACCAGGGCGCGGCCCCUGGGCAGCAUUGUAGGUGUCAAUACACCGCCCAUGUCGCCGCCCGGAGUGACGCGCCGCGAUCCCGCGACGCUGGCUGUCGAUGCUCUUCUGGACCCGGAGGGCAAGUCACUCGGGCUGAGAAACAAGGCCAUUCUGUUUAGUGUUGUGGAAAGCUUGCGGAAGGUCGUGCAUCAGCUACAGGAGGAGGACGACACGCAGUAUGAAAGCCGGAUGCUAAGACGAAGACUGGAAGAGGCGAAGCAGGCAUUGGACGGGCUUGCGGGCCACUAA